UCCCUACCGCACCGAAAUGUUAACUCAUCGGACGAUUCGAUAGACUGCUCACGAUGACACCAACACCAACUCCCCUGUUCAUCUUUCUCUAAUUAAACCCUUCAACAACUCCGUUUAAUCAUCUCAGACCUUCCUCCGCACUUCUUGUUUAGAGGGAGAAAGAAAAGUUAGAGAGAGAAAACAUGCGGGCGGAUGAUUUGGAGAGCAGGGGAGGGAAAGCGAGAGAGCAGAGUUCAUUUGCUGCGUAUGCGAUAGACAGAGACUCCCAAUGGACUUCGUGGUUGAUUCCUUUGUUUAUUGUCGCCAACGUUGCUAUGUUUGUGGUUUCUAUGUCUAUCAACAAUUGCCCCAAACAUAACAAUUCGGGCUCCGAAGGCAAGUGCGUGGCGAGGUUUCUGGGUCGGUUUUCGUUUGAGCCCUUGAGGGAUAAUCCUCUGUUCGGUCCUUCUUCAUCAACAUUACAGAAGUUGGGAGCUCUUGAAUGGACUAAAGUGGUGCAUAAGCAUCAAGGAUGGAGGCUUAUAACUUGUAUCUGGUUACAUGCUGGUGUUAUUCAUCUGAUUGCAAACAUGUUGAGCCUGGCCUUUAUUGGCAUUCGCCUUGAACAGCAGUUUGGCUUUGUCCGUAUUGGAACUAUCUACCUAUUGUCUGGAUUUGGUGGGAGCGUACUUUCCGCUCUAUUUAUUCAACAUAACAUCUCUGUCGGUGCUUCUGGUGCCCUUUUUGGGCUCCUUGGAGCUAUGCUUUCAGAGCUUUUUACAAACUGGACAAUUUAUACCAACAAGGCUGCACCCUUGUUUACACUCUUGGUGAUCAUUAUCAUUAACCUAGCUAUCGGAAUUUUGCCACAUGUUGAUAAUUUUGCACAUAUUGGUGGAUUCUUGACCGGUUUCCUCCUUGGCUUCGUCUUGCUGCCCCGUCCUCAGUUUGGGUGGAUAGAGCGUCGGAAUCUUCCAGCUGAUAUUAGUGUGAAAUCUAAGUACAAGACUUACCAGUAUGCGUUGGGGUUGGUAUCUCUGGUUCUGCUUAUUGCAGGGCUUUCGGUAGGAUUGGUGAUGCUGUUCCGGGGAGUGAAAGCAAAUGAUCAUUGUCACUGGUGUCGCUACCUGACCUGUGUCCCUACCUCUAAAUGGAAGUGUGAUGGAACUUAACACUCUUAGGAUCGAUCAUUGCUUGAGUUCGGGGAUGUAAGAGGAGGAGUUUUUGCAGGCAAAACGCAGAAAUAAGGAGCUUGUUCCUCAGUUUCAAAGAAGAAUAGGGAUUUGUUGUAUAUGAUUCUCAGCAAUGGAAUGAUUAAUAAAUUAAACUUGUAACAAUCUUAGAAAUUCUAGUUUUAUGUGGAUUUUAUCAUGGUGUGUGCAUGUGCA